AUGAACACCGAUCUCCCCUCACGCCUGACACAGGGCACGUGUCUUCACCAGCUAAAGGGGCCAGACGUGGCCACAGCUCUGUCUGGGGCAGAGGGCAGGGGUCGGGGGCUCGAGCUCAGCCCCACGGGGGACCAGAAGGACGCAGCUGCCCCUGCCUCUGCGCUCAGCUCACACAAGACCCAGCCCAGGGAGGCUGGUGGCACCUCCAAGGUUCAGGUUCAGCUGGAGAGACAGGAGCACCUUCAGGCCACGAGCCGGCGUCUGGAGGGCAGCUGGUCUCGUUUGCCCAGACAGACGCGGGCCCGCCUGCCCUCGAGCAGGUUGCCCGCAUGGCCGCCCUCCUCGGGUGGAAACAGUGCCGCCGCUGACCUCGCUCACCAGGGCAGGGUGGGGGAGAGCCCGGGGAACCGCUCACACACAUUCAGUGCCUCACCGUCCGCUGCGUACCUGCUGUGUGCCUCGUCUGAGAUGAGGAUGCAGGGCAGUGCGGAGACAGAGAGGACUGCCCAGGAGCAGCAACGCGGUGUGCUGGCUUUUCUGGAACUUUUAUGGCUUCCUCCUUGUCCCUCUGGGUUUGUAACCGUGCCCACAUGCGGCAAAGACCAGCCGGAGGCUCACCGAGUCCUCCUUCCUCCAAACCAGCACCUGAGCUGGGACGCGGGACCCUGGGCCCAGGAGACCUCCGGGAGCCCCCUAAGACUGCCUUCUACCUGCGUUGUGGCCGACCCAGCAAGGAAGGCUUUAGACAACUCAGCAACCAAGUCCUUACAGGAGCCAGAACACACGGAGCCGGGCGCAUCUGAUGGGAAGACUGGGCCCGUGGAAGACGGGACUCCGCUCUGCUAA